UCUCUACUUACAACAUAGACUAUUCAUCAAACUAUAAAUCAAAACCAGAGGAAAUAAAGAGGGACGUAUGCAGAAUAACAUUAAUAUUGAACAUGUUUCGAGCGAACGGAAAACACAAAUCAAAACCUUGUGUUUUAGCGUUCUGUCUGUAAUAUCGUUAUAAAGAAUUCUCUAUUGGGAAACUUGGUUGAAACAGGCAAGGUUUCAUUCGCAGACACGCAUCCAAUUUCGCAUGAAAGAAGAACAUGGAAGAACAAUCUAAUACAUCGAUCGACUAUUACAUACUACCGAAUAAGAUCUUGUGAAGUAUAGCUGGAAUGUGGCCUAUCAAGGAGAAGAGUUCAACGUGUAGCAAAAUAUUCGCAUAUUCUCGCUUGAUAGUGGCAUUAACGGCAAUCAAUAGUGUCUUCGUGCCCGAAAUUAUGGCGAUAGCGGUAAAUUGGGGCAACCUAAGAAUCUUAGCAGGAGUGGGAUGCGUUUUAACAACAGUUGGACAAUCGUUGUUCAAAAUAAUUUACUUGAUUAUGAGAAAAGAAAGGACCUACAGGCUUUACUACGAAAUACGAAGUUUAUGGAACUCUACCAACGAUCCAAAGGAAAUGCAGUCUUACAUAAAGCUUGCUUAUUGGGCGCGAAUUUGUACGAUAAUUUUUUAUUUAAGCUGCAUGUGCAAUGUGAUCACUUUCUCCGUUGCUGCGGCUGUCAAUUAUUUUAGAUUCGAAUACAACGCCAACAGUACUGACAACAAUCGGGAUUUGCCUUUCGUUGUCUGGUACGGCAAGGACAUUUCAGUAUCUCCCAGCUUCGAGAUCGCUUUUGCAUGCCAAUUUCUAUCGUCCGUAAUUUGCGCUGCUACGAUUUCUGGGUUGGAUGCCACAUUUAUGACCACGAUUUUACACGUGUCUGGUCAAUUUAAACUAAUCAAUACUUGGAUCACUGAUAUAGGAGUUGAAAUAAAUUGUGAGCCGAAUUACAGGCGGAGGUUAAUGAUGCAACUAAUUAAAUGUAUCCGCCAUCAUCAACGAAUGAUAGAUGUGGUAAAUGAUGUGAAUAAUUUACUAACACCCAUCAUUUUUAUGCAACUUCUUACGAGCGGAAUUGAAAUUUGUUUAAGUGGAUACGCAAUACUCGAUAACGGGACAGCGAAAGCCGAUCUAGCGAAAUUCACAUCUUAUUUCAUUUCCAUGUUAGUACAGCUCCUAGUGUGGUGUUGGCCCGGCGAAAUCCUCGUUCAAGAAAGUCAAAACGUAGGGCACGUAGUCUAUCUCAAUGUGCCGUGGUAUAAUUUGCCACUGAUCUAUCAGAAAUACCUUUGUCUCAUAAUUGUUAGAGCGCAACAAUAUUGCAGCAUCACGGCAUUAACGUUCGAGACAUUAUCUAUCCAUACGUUGACAGUCGUAUUCAACACAGCUACCUCGUAUUUCGCUUUAUUACGACAAAUGCAGGACAAGUAAACUUCGAAGAGAUGACGGAGGC